GACCGCAUGACGGCCAAAUUUCCGUGAAGACAGUACAAGCGAGUACGGUCCACCCUACAGCUGUGGUGACAAGCAGCCAUCAUGGAGAAUGGUACAGUGAAGAACUGCCUGUCUGCAGGUCAGCAGUUCGAUGAGCAUAGCUUCCUGCAGUGCAAUGGAAAAAAAGGUGCAGAUUACCUCGCCUGGGUGUCACAGUUUGUGUCCACAUAUAAACACAAGAGUUUAACCUUAAAGAAUCCAGCUGGCGCAACAUUGAGGAUAGGAGGGCUUGACGACACCAUUUACAAAGACGCAGAUGCCAAGGUGAACGGAUGGGGCAAAUUCUACCUUCCAGAUAUAGUGCACAUGCAGGUUGUAGGUGUAGUGGAGGACACUUCCUGCCCGUGUGACCCUGUUCUGAUGACCUGUGAGGACAAAAAUCUGUACGCCUACGAUGGAGAGGAGCUGCAUUUGGUGGCUUCAAGCUUGAAGCGACUAUGUGACAAAGAAAUUGAGUAUCCGGCAUCCAAGAGAUAUUACAAGGGGGAGGCCUUCAAAGAUAUGACAGAGGAGGACUGGGCAAAAGUGAAGAGUGGGCCUGUGGGUAGGAGGUUGGCCCAAGAGCAUCAUACACGGGUGAUAGCAGAUAAGUCCAGAUUCCUGGAGAAUCUCAAAAUGGCCAGACAAAGGAGAGGAGUCAUCAGCUGACAUCUUUUGUAUCUUAUUUGGUUUGUGUCUUGUGUUGGUUAUGUUUGGUUGUUGAGUGGGUGUACAAAAUGUGUAAAUAAUGAUUUGAAUCAUUUUUUCAUUUCAUUUUCAUUUUUUAGGUUGAUUUUACAACCAUUUCUAAAGACUGAAAUAAACUGUCUGUGGUCCUUUAAUAAAUACACCUCAAAGCCA